GUGUAAAUGUCUUAGUUGGAGUUUUACCUUCCUCUCGCACAGCCAAUCCCCUCGUUCUUUUCCAUUCUUCUCCAUGAAAAUCGAAUUGUAAACCCUAUCUCUCUCCCUCUCUCUCAUCCAGAUGCUUGAAUUCUACAGUUCUCAAUAAUGGACAUUUAACUCACCAUUCUCAUCCUCUCCCCAACUUAACCAUGUCAUCUAAAACAGUCAAAUUUCAACCGACCGUUAGUUGCAAUUGAUACCCAGAAUAUCUAAUUUUUUAAAAAAAUAAUCGAUUCCAUACUCAACCUGAGCAGGGAAAUAGGGAUUUGGGAAUCGGUUGACCAUCCUAAUUUUGGUAUUGUGAGGGAGGGCAAAAAUCAUCUCGCUAUUGUAAUCUUUUCUGAACUUUCAGAAGAGAAGUUCUAUCAAUUUUCCUUUCUUCUUCCCGGGUUGUUCAAAUUGUUUAAGGGUUUAGGGUUUAGGAAUUGAAAAGUUUUGGAAUUAAGGUUGGGUUUAACGAAAACCAUUCAGAGCCGUCGAGUUGUAACCUUUAGAGGAUAUCCUUGUUGCUGUGCAUUAUGUCUGAAACCCCAUUUCAUCCUCUCUUUCAAACUUUAGAAAAACUCUCACAUUGCAUUCAAACCCAUCUCUCCAAUUUCAUUAGUGGUACUCCAAGCCACUCAUCACCCACAAAUGAAAAGCCUCCUUUCUCUAUCACAUCGUCCUCUAAAGCAAACUUAUCACAUAAGGACUUUACCCUUCGGCAGCAGAAAGGUCUUGUGGACGAGGGAAUAUCGGCUAAUCCUGUGACUAAAGUAGAGCUUGGAAGGGCUGCUUGGACUUUUCUCCAUACUCUUGCAGCUCAGUUUCCAGACAAUCCUACUCGGCAGCAGAAGAAGGAUGUAAAAGAACUGAUGGCAAUAUUAUCUCGUAUGUACCCAUGCAAGGAAUGUGCAGAUCACUUCAAAGAAGUUCUAAGAGCCAAUCCUGUACAAGCUGGAUCUCAAGCUGAGUUCUCCCAGUGGCUAUGUCACGUCCACAAUGUUGUUAACAGAAGCCUUAAUAAACCAAUAUUUCCCUGUAAGAGAGUUGAUGCAAGGUGGGGCAAGCUGGACUGCGAGCUGCGUGCAUGUGAUCUGCAAGGAACUCCAGAUUUUGGUGAGGGAUCACAUUAACAUAAUUACCAGAAACCAUCAACUGAUGUUAUUGUUCGAUUUUCAGUGUUACAAUUGCAAAUAAUAACAGUCAUUUGAAAUUAAUUAAUAUAGGAAAUCAUCUGAAUGUCUUGUAUAACUCUCUUUGGUAUUGUAUAAAACAGAAUCAGUUUUCCUUAACUA